UGUUCGCCAUUCCCUGGAGGAAUUGCUGUAUCUGGGGCAGCAGGAAGCCAUGCCUUUUGCAGUGUGCUUUAGAGACACUGUAUUUGGGUACCAGCUCCUGUGAAAUCUACGGCUUCAGUAAUGUAUCUAGAGCUGUAGGGUGAAAGAACAGCCCAGAAAGGGACUCGCAUGCAAAACAGUACCAUUUCUGCUGCUGGCAGGCUGACAAGUCAAAACUUCAAGUGUGCAGAGGAUCAGGGAUACAAGUAUAAAAGAAUUUCACUAACAGCGUGAAUGACAGAGGAGGUGCCUCCGACUGCACUUACAGACGUAAACCUGCGUCUUCUCUGCCACGAUGACAUAGACACAGUGAAACAGCUCUGUGGAGACUGGUUCCCAAUAGAAUACCCUGACUCAUGGUACCGAGAUAUCACUUCCAACAAGAAGUUCUUUUCCCUCGCAGCCACAUAUAGAGGCUCCAUCGUGGGAAUGAUAGUGGCAGAGAUCAAGAGCAGAACAAAAGUGCAUAAAGAGGAUGGAGACAUCCUAGCUUCCAAUUUUCCUGUGGACACUCAAGUUGCUUACAUCCUAAGUCUUGGAGUGGUGAAGGAGUUCAGAAAACAUGGAAUAGGUUCGCUCUUGCUUGAAAGUUUAAAAGACCAUAUAUCAACAACUGCCCAAGAUCACUGCAAAGCCAUCUACCUGCACGUCCUCACCACUAACAACACAGCAAUAAACUUCUAUGAAAACAGAGACUUUAAACAGCACCACUAUCUUCCCUAUUAUUAUUCCAUCAGAGGGGUCCUCAAAGAUGGCUUUACCUACGUCCUGUACAUCAACGGCGGGCAUCCACCCUGGACAAUCUUUGACUACCUGCAGCACAUUGGAUCGACACUAGCCAGCCUGAGCCCGUGUUCAAUUCCCCAGAGGAUAUAUCGACAAGCCCAGAGCCUUCUCUGCAGCCUUCUGCCCUGGUCUGGCAUUUCUGCCAAGAGUGGCAUUGAAUAUAGCCGGACGAUGUGAGUGGAGCGGAAGAUGUACAAAAAGCAAAGGAUUGUCCUUCCUUUCAUCUUGUGAACCAUCCGGCUCUGCACCGAUUCCAGUGAUGACUCUUGGUCAGUGACCCAGCCCCUGGACGGGAUCCCUUGUCCCACAGGUUGACUGACAUUUGGUAGCCUUCACACUCAAGGGGCUGCAGCCCUGACUUACCCCUGUGGCCUGGAGCCUGCGAGCACUGCCCGGGCAGGCCUGGCUGUCGUGCCAGGUGUCUGGCUGUGCCAUAGCUGAGGGCCCUUCGCGUCACCACUCUGUGUGCAUGUUGCACUGUCCCCGCUACUCCCUUUGCCUCUGGUUCGCUCCUAUUUGUAUACAUGAUGUAGAGGGGUUCAGGUGCUGCUUCCACACCAUGGCUGCUGAAAGAGUGGGCAUAAGGUUAAUGAAUCUGCACUGACCAACCCUGUAAAUGAGCCGUAAGCACCCUGGCAGGCCGCUGGUGGCAGAACAUACAGUCGUGCCCUUAUUGCCAGGGAAGGGGGGAGCUGGGUGAGGGGAGGUGGGGAGCGAGGAUCGUGCGGGUAACUUCCAGGGAGGGUGACUGCCUCGUGUGAGAAAUUACCUGGCCCCGCCAGCCCUCUGGAGUGAUUUAAAAAGAAGCAUCCAGUUCAGGAUGCAUCAAGUAGAAGGCAGGGAAUGAAAUUGCUAUUUCAUAGUGAAAUAUAUAUAUAUUAUACUGUAUAGAUAUUUCUGCCUUUGUCCAAGUUGGAAUGUAGCGGGGGGGGAGCUGGGGAUGGCCAGAGCCCUUCUCCACUGCAGGCGCCCUCCCUUGGCACUGGGGCUGGACUCUUGCAGGAUCUUUAGGGAUGAGCUCUGGGCACAGAUCACAGCAGCUUUUCCUUGCUGCAGAAAAGCCCCCCCAGCUGCUCAGGGGCGUACUUCAGGCUGUGGUGUGGGCAUGCCCCGGGGCUGUGCCGCUGGGCAGCUUCCAGCAGCUGCAGAGCCACCGGACCCCUCCGGGGCUGAGUCUCGGCUCUGUGUUCAUGUCCAGCCUGCGAGGAGGCCCUGAGGUGCAGCCAGCCAGGUACCCUUCCUGCCUCAGAGCAAGGUUGAGCGAGUGCUUUGCUUUUAAGAUGGGUGUUUCUGCAGCUCAGCCAGCCCAGGCAUGUGUCGGAGGUGCAGGUAUCAUCCCUGUACCCUGCCAGGCUCCCCUGAUGAAUCCCCCUUCCCUGGCCAAGGCUCUUCCCCUGCUCAGCACCAUGUUCCUCCUUCCUCUCUCAUUUUGAAACUGGGACUUGGGCAAAGGACGUCUAAGCCACACUGGUGCAUUGCCCCUGUGUGCAGGCAGCACCAGCUCUGGCAGCGGCUGUGGGCAGGGCCCGGGGGUGAGAGACAGCACAGGUCAGGCUUAGACUUAGGAGAGAAAGAAAGCACGCCAAGGUACUGUAGCCCAGAUGACCUGUUGGUGACUGUAAGCCCCUGAGGUGGGAGCUACUUAAUGAAAGGGUGGAGGAGGUGAGCUGGUACCAUGCUGGCUCCUGAGACUAGCCCCCCCGCUCUGCCCACGGCCACCAUGGGGCUGGCACUAUGAGCUGCCACUCGGCUCAGAGGGGCUCUGGCACAGAAGCCCUGGUGAAUACAGCUCCCCCCACAGCCCCGGCUGCAGGAAGCAGCUUGCUGCAGCCCCAGGGGCUGGCACAUACCAUGGUUUGGAGGAGCAGGAGGCUCUUCUGCUGGGAACUGCUGGUCCCUCUUCUGGGGCUCAGAGGUCCAGCUCAGCAACCGUUUGACACAAGGUGUCUGUCUCCAUGAGGACAGUCAAGCUUGGAGCUGUUGGUGAGUCCAUCCUUGGAGACCUUUAAGCCCCCAGAAGCCAAGGCAGUCCUCGGUGUGGGCCUUGCUCUGAGGCUGUUGGAGCAGAGCACUCCAGAGGCUCCUUCCAAGCCCCUACACCUCUGGUUCUCCAUCAGCUCAGAAGUACAGGCAGGCUGAGUGAGGCUCAAGGGACGCAGGUUUGUGGCAGAGGACAGGCGCUGGGCAGGCAGCUCCCCAGGGGUGCUGGCUGGGCCCCAGGGGGGGAGUGAAGCUCUGCUGGGAUAGGGGAACCCCACUGCACUCUCUGCGCUCCCGCCUCUGAGCGACAUGGUGGAGCUGCUGCAGAAGCGUCGGGCAGGGCUGCACAGCCAGUGGCUUGGCCAGGCCGCUCGUGGCACAGUAGCCCGGGAGCAGAGGGGCACCUCACCAGGGGGUUUGGCUGCCUCCAGCCUGGCCUCACUGGUCAGCAGGUGCCCUGGCCCCGCUCCCCAGCCCAGUGGCCUUGCCCGCUGCCAGCCCAUGGCUCUGCCCGCAGGGAGCUGGUGCUGCCGAGGCGCUGCCUGGGAGGUGUGGCUGUCCCUGUGCUCCCCCGUACCCAGCUGGCACCCGCUGGCAGGGGAGGGAGCACAGGGGCUGCUGCAACCCCCCUGAGCCACAGCGCUUUCCGCGGGGAGACCUGAAGCACCCUUCCAGCCUCAUGUGUGUUAUCACUUUCUGGUUUUGGCAGGUUUUUUUUGCUUACCCACUUUUUACUUAAACACAUCUAUUGGUUUAUAUGAGUUUCUUCAGCAAUUCCAAGCCCCUGGUUUCCCUCAGCACUUGCUUUCUCUGGGCCAGAAUGAAUCUCUUUCUCUCGAUUGCCUGGGACUGACAUUCCGCACAAACACACUUUCUCUCUUGCCCGUUACACAACCCAACUCCACUGCUGCAGCACUUGAGCACAUCUGUGGGGACCUGGGACUGAUCUGUGUCCUCUUGCCACCCUGUCCUCUGAGGUGUCGGCCACAUCCCCGCCCCUCCCACCCCAGCCCGUUAUUUAUUGAAGAGCAUUAUGCUGCCACUAUCGGCCUCUCUCUAAACAUCUUCAAUUAAACCAAA